AUGUUUUUUAAUUUAUUUUUAUUUUUUUUCCCACAAGUGUGUGUUCCUGAUACUUUUAUUUUUUCAAGUAAAGUUGAUUUCACAUUUAUGAUUUUUACAGAUGAAAGGUUUACAGUUUUCGCGGUUUGCAUCAUCGGAUUCACAGGUCGGAUCAGCACUCUUACAGUGAGCGGUUGGACAGGUCAGAGGAUAGGGCGGUGGGUUGGUGUUGCAGUCGGUUUCGUCGAGACAACAUCCUCCCAUUCUAAUGGGAAUAUUGUUACACUUUUUGGUCGAGUUGUUGCAAGAGUCGUACGUGCAGGCGUUGUCGUCGUUGCAACCGUGCGCGACACCGGUUCUGCAGCAGUUUGGAAUCGGUGUGAACUGACACCGACUGGUGUCGCUACUGCAGCUGUCGAGUGUACACUCGUUGAAAUCCUCACAGUACUCUGGCUUGUAGAUACAUUGGUGACUGGAACUAUCGCAUAUCGCCACCGAACAAGUUUGUUUCGGACAGUCUUUAGCGGUGUUGCAGCAACCUUCGAUCUGUUGGAAUUGGCAGUUCGUACACUCGUUGUAGUCGUCGCAAAAGUUUGGCUUGAGAACACAUUGGUUGUUGAGACACACCGCCGUAGUGCAAGAAGGACGACGAUCGUUUUGUUUAACUUUACAAUCGUUGACGUGGUUACAACAUCCUUUGAUACGAGUGAAUUUACAUGCGUGAGUCUCACUGUCGCAGUGGUCAACAGUGCAGACGUCGUAGUCCUCGCAAGUCGGCUUUUGGAAGACACAUUGGUUGUCUUGGCAAGUGGCAGUGGAGCAAGCCGGACCGAAAUCGCAAUCGUCGACCGUCUGACAGCAGUUGGGAAUCGGUGUAUUCUCACAUUGGUUGGUGAUGUUAACACAGUGGUCGAGUGUACAGAUAUCGUCGUCGCCACAAUCGAUCUCGUCGUAGAAGCAGAUGUUCGACUCGCAUAUUCCGAGCGAGCACGCCGGACCGUCGUUGCAAUCGUCGUCACACGUGCACUCCAGGUUGAGCAGCUUGUUGACGUUGCAACCCAGUAUAGGUAUGUGCACACACGUACCGUUGGCGCGACAGAAGUCCCACGUACAAAUACUGUUGUCACGACACUCGAAGUGUUGCCGACAGCAGUUCUCAUUGUCGUUGUUGGGACGCGUCUUGCAUCGAUUCUCCGAGCAGUAGCCGUCGUUACAGCUAUCGCUCGGACAGUCGGAAUCUUCAUGACAACAUACUAUCAGCGGAAUAUACUCACACGAUUCCGUUGCAUUAUUAGUGUGUGUGGUACCACAAAGUAUAAAGAAUGGUAUCAAAACAAAGAAACAAUUGUUUCUUCUCAAAAUGAAAUCGUAAAAAAUACCGCAUGCGGACAGACUAUUUCAGGUGUAACAAGAUGGAUUUAUCUAAAAAAAUCAACACCAACCCAAACUCAAAUCAAAUCAACCAAAUAUCUUUUUAUGUUUAAGGGUGUGGCCGUUCUCUCAACAAACCAUGAAGACUCCAUCAUUUUCUUUAGCAGAUUAAACUUCUUUUUAUGUUUACUUUGUAUGUCCAAACCGAACAAAACAGGUUAUCAAUUUAAAUUAUAUGCAUUACUACAAUUUGUUUGGGAUAGUUGUUAUCCAUACAUUCAUGUUUCUACCUAUUGA